GGCGGCGGCGGCGGCGGCAGCGAUGACUUCUUCCUGUUGCUGCUGGACUCGGUGGGUGGAGACGUAGAUUCCACGGGCGCCAGCCAGGCCGCAGGGCCCCUAUGGAGGGAGGAGGCCGGGCUGGGCCCACGGUUCCAGGGGCACGAAAGCGGCGCGAACCCCGAGGGCCGCCCUGCGCUGGGCCCCAGCUGCCUGUCCGCUAUCCGCGCCCCAGUCCCGGCCCUGGCCCCGAUCCCCGCCCCAGGCCUGGGCCCCGCCGCGGCCUUCGCGGGCACCGUCACCAUUCACAAGCAAAACCUGCUGUUGCGCUUCGAGAACGGCGUCCUCACCCUGGCCACGCCCCCGCCGCCAGCCUGGGCGCCUGGGGUCGCCCCUGCCCCGCAGCCCGGGGGUCUGAUCGCCCCGCAAGCGGGGAUCCCGCACGCCGCGCAGCCUGGCGACUGUCCCGAGCUGCCGCCCGACCUCCUGCUGGCCGAGCGGGCCGAACCCGCGCCGGCCCCAGCGCUCCAGGAGGAGGCGGAGGGCCCGGUUGCUGCUGAGAGCCCCCGCGGGCCGCUAGGCCAGGGCCAGGGCGUGGUGCUGUACCUGUGUCCUGAGGCGCAGUGCGGACAAACCUUUGCCAAGAAGCACCAGCUGAAGGUGCACCUGCUGACGCACAGCAGCAGCCAGGGCCAGCGGCCCUUCAAGUGCCCCCUGGGCGGUUGCGGCUGGACUUUCACCACCUCGUACAAGCUCAAGAGGCACCUGCAGUCACACGACAAACUGAGGCCCUUUGGCUGCCCGGCAGAGGGCUGUGGCAAGAGCUUCACCACGGUGUAUAACCUCAAAGCACACAUGAAGGGCCAUGAGCAGGAGAACUCAUUCAAAUGCGAGGUGUGUGAGGAGACCUUCCCCACGCAGGCCAAACUCAGCGCCCACCAGCGCAGCCACUUCGAGCCUGAGAGACCCUACCAGUGCGCGUUUUCGGGCUGCAAGAAGACGUUUAUCACAGUGAGUGCCCUGUUUUCCCAUAACCGCGCCCACUUCAGGGAACAAGAACUCUUUUCCUGCUCUUUUCCUGGCUGCAGCAAACAGUACGACAAGGCUUGUAGGUUGAAAAUUCACCUUCGGAGCCACACUGGUGAGAGACCGUUCCUUUGUGACUUUGAGGGCUGCGGCUGGAACUUCACCAGCAUGUCCAAACUCCUAAGGCACAAAAGGAAGCACGACGAUGACCGGAGGUUCAUGUGUCCUGUAGAAGGCUGUGGGAAAUCGUUCACGAGGGCCGAACAUCUGAAAGGCCACAGCAUAACCCACCUGGGCACAAAGCCUUUUGUGUGCCCCGUGGAAGGCUGCUGUGCCAGGUUCUCUGCUCGCAGUAGUCUCUACAUUCACUCCAAGAAACACUUGCAGGAUGUGGACACUGGGAAAAGCCGAUGCCCAGUCUCCACUUGUAAUAAACUCUUCACAUCCAAGCACAGCAUGAAGACCCACAUGGCCAAAAGGCACAACCUGCGCCAGGAUCUCUUAGCUCAGCUAGAAGCUGCAAAUUCUCUUACGCCCAGCAGUGAACUUACCAGCCAGGGGCAGAAUGACCUCAGUGAUGCAGAGCUUGUGUCUCUCUUCUCUGGUGUGCCCGGUAAUAGUUCUGCUGCAGUAUUGGACACCGCAUUGGUGAACUCUGGGAUCUUGACUAUUGAUGUGGCUUCUGUGAACUCAACUCUGGCAGGGAAGCUCCCUGCUAAUAAUAAUAAUAAUUCCUUAGGGCAGGCGGUGGACCCUCAGGCCUUGAUGGCCACCAGUGACCUUCCUCAAAGUCUGGAUACCUCACUCUUCUUUGGAACGACAGCCGCUGGUUUUCAGCAGAGUCCCUUAGAUACGGAUGAUGUCUCAAGUCUAAGUGCGGGGCCGUUGGGAUCUCUGAGCUCUUUGGCUAUGAAAACCUCGAGUCAAGAGCCCCAAGCUUUGACCCCCAGCAGAGGAAGAAACCCAGUUUGCAUUCUCCAAUCCAGCAGGAAACCAUGGGUCUCAGAAAGAAACAGAUCUUAUCACAGUGACUGGCAGCUCAUUUUUGGUAUGAACUAAACUCUAUUCAUUCCUUGCCACAUGGCUUACUUUUAUUGAUGACACUCAAGUUUAAGAGUAUUCUGGACUAAAUGUUUAAAUGCAGUCAUUUCUUAUAGGUUUGAAAAAGAACAGAGCCCUGGGCUACAAGUUUGGAGAUUUAAAUUCUGAUCUUGAGUCUGGAACUGACAGGUUGUGUGACCCUGAGCAAGUCACUUAUCCUAUCUGAGCCUUAAUUUCCUUAUUUAUAAAAUGAGGU